AGCAGCAUGAAUCAGCAGAAGUGAGUGUUACACACCUUCAUGCACUCUCUGUACUCUGUCAUAAAAAAGUCACAGCCCCAGACAUGGGCUCUGCUGCACUUGAACAUGCAAAGCUUUUAAACUGGUUGCUGUUGCUGUUGAGUCUGAUUUCCUGUUCUGCUGCUGCUUAUGUGGAUGAGCCCAACCUGGGCAAGAGCUUCUUGCCUCAUCGUGAACCUGAUCCUGGGGGUACUGUUGACUCUUCACAAGAUACGAGGCUACAUGUUUUCUCAGUGGACUAUGACUAUGUGCAAAUUCCCUAUGAAGUUACUCUUUGGAUCCUCCUUGCCUCUCUUGCAAAAAUAGGUUUUCAUAUCUAUCACCGAUUACCAAGACUCAUGCCUGAAAGCUGCAUCCUGAUUGCUAUUGGAGCACUGGUAGGAGCAAUCAUCUUUGCUUCGCAUCACAAAUCUCCACCAGUGAUGAGCUCAAGUAUUUACUUCUUGUAUCUCCUUCCACCCAUUGUCCUGGAGGAGGGUUAUUUCAUGCCAACUCGCCCAUUUUUUGAAAACUUUGGGUCCAUUCUGUGGUGGUCUGUUCUGGGAUCUCUGCUAAACUCAUUUGGGAUUGGCCUCUCUCUCUAUGGAGUCUGCCAGAUCAAAGCCUUUGGCCUGACCGACCUGAACCUGCUGCAGAAUCUGCUCUUUGGCAGUAUGAUUUCAGCAGUGGAUCCUGUGGCAGCGCUGGUAGUUUUUGAAGAAGCCUCCGUUAAUGAGCAGCUUUACAUGAUGAUCUUUGGAGAGUCAUUGCUAAAUGAUGGCAUAACUGUGGUUUUAUACAACAUCUUCAUUGCCUUCACCCAGAUGCACAGGUACGAAGAAAUCGAAUCCAUUGACGUCUUCGCUGGCUUCGCUCGCUUCUUCGUGGUGGGGCUGGGGGGUGUAUUGUUUGGGAUCGUAUUUGGAUUUGUUUCAGCAUUCAUGACUCGAUUCACCCACAACGUCUCUGCAAUCGAGCCCCUGCUGGUCUUCAUGUUCAGCUACCUGUCAUACUUGUCUGCUGAAACCCUCUACAUCUCUGGCAUUUUGGCAAUGACAGCAUGUGCAGUGACAAUGAAAAAAUAUGUGGAGGAGAAUGUGUCCCAGAAUUCUUAUACCACAAUAAAAUAUUUCAUGAAGAUGCUAAGCAGCAUCAGUGAGACCCUGAUUUUUGUGUUCAUGGGAGUUUCUACAGUGGGGAAAAACCACGAGUGGAACUGGGCCUUCAUUUGCUUCACUCUGCUCUUCUGCCUCAUUUGGCGGACACUGAGUGUAUUUGCUCUCUUCUACAUCAGUAACAAGUUCCGAACAUAUCCCUUUACUGUCAAAGACCAACUCAUUAUUUCCUACAGUGGCCUUCGAGGAGCCAGCAGCUUCUCUCUUGCAGUCUUGCUUCCAGUGCAUCUCUUCCCCAGAAAAAACCUGUUCAUCACUGCUACUCUUGUCGUUAUAUAUUUCACUGUGUUCAUCCAAGGAAUCACAAUUGGACCAUUGGUCAGAUAUCUGGAUGUCAAAAAGACAAACAAAAAGGAAUCUAUCAAUGAAGAAAUACAUGUGCGAUUGAUGGAUCACUUGAAGGCUGGUAUUGAAGACAUAUGUGGACAUUGGAGUCAUUAUCAGCUGAGAGAUAAAUUUAAGAAGUUUGACAAUAAGUAUCUGAAGAAAAUUUUAAUUCGGCAACACCAGCCCAAAUCCAGUCUUGUGUCAUUAUACAAAAAGAUGGAGAUAAAACUGGCCAUAGAGAUGGCUGAGAGUGGCAUGCAAAUUUCAAAACCAUCCACUGCUUCUUUACAGAGUGGCAGGAACCGCCGUGCACACAGGCUGUGCCCCGCAGAGGUGGAGUCCAUGAGAGAUGUCCUGGCACACAAUCUGUACCACGUGCGACAAAGGGCACCACCAUACAACCGACACAACCUACCUACCAACACAAAUGAGACACAAGCGCAAGAAAUCCUCAUCCGCCGGCAGCACAGCCUGAGGCAGAGUUGCAGGAAGGGAAACAGCUUGCCCUGGAGUAGACCGGUUAACACCACGGAUGUACGCUACCUCUCUUUGCCUCAGGGCCCCACACAGACCAGUAGACGAAAAACCAGGCACGUUACUUUUACAGAUCAGCAUAGAAGUGACUCUGAUGCUGCAUUGCCAUUAAUGUUCAGACCCCAGGCCCGACUACGGCCACUCGAAGCAAAGCACCGCCAAGAAGAGCUGAUUCCAAUGGCACACUUAGAUAGACAAGCAGGUCCGUCCAAUCUGUCAGGUCGAAGAGGAAAUUCAAUCAGCCAUCAUCGUUUCACCAGAGCAGACAAUCUAGCUCUAAUGCCAAAGUCUCGGUUCACUGUGAGAGAAGUAGAGGAGUAUGAGUCAGAAGAAGAGACAGAAGCAAUGGCACCAGCCAGGCCAUUAGUUAUAUGA